CUGACUUCUAUUUCCGCAAUGAGAGGAGAACUCGCCGGACUGGUCAUUCUCUUCCUCGUCUUAUCGGCCGUCAACGGCGGUGACGAGUUCACCGGAGACUCGCGAAAGUUAUCCGGGAUCAUCAUCCCCGGCUUCGCGUCAACUCAGCUCAGAGCCUGGUCAAUACUGGACUGCCCUUACUCGCCUCUCGAUUUCAACCCUCUCGAUUUGGUCUGGCUCGACUCCACCAAACUUCUAUCUGCUGUGAAUUGCUGGCUUAAAUGCAUGAUAUUAGACCCUUACAAUCAAACAGAUCACCCCGAGUGCAAGUCUCGUCCCGAUAGUGGCCUCUCUGCUAUAUCCGAGCUUGAUCCCGGCUAUAUAACAGGCCCCCUUUCAUCAGUGUGGAAAGAGUGGGUGAAGUGGUGCAUUGAAUUUGGCGUUGAAGCUAAUGCAAUCAUUGCAGUUCCAUAUGACUGGAGAUUGCAACCUUCAAAACUCGAGGAGAGAGACCUUUACUUUCACAAACUAAAGCUAACUUUUGAAACUGCUCGCAAACACCGUGGUGGACCCUCACUAGUUUUUGCUCAUUCAUUAGGAAACAAUGUUUUCAGAUACUUCUUGGAGUGGCUGAAACUAGAAAUUGCCCCUAAAAUGUAUCAGCAUUGGCUAGAUGAACAUAUUCACGCCUAUUUUGCUGUCGGAUCUCCUCUUCUGGGCGCGACUGAAUCUGUCAAAGCAGCAUUGUCUGGAGUCACAUUUGGUCUUCCUAUCUCGGAGGGAACAGCUCGAUUGAUGUCCAAUUCAUUUGGCUCUUCAUUGUGGAUGCUGCCAUUUUCAAAAUACUGUAAAACAGAUAAUGUAUACUCAUUGCAUUUUUCUGGCAGAAGCAGAAAAGGUAAUCAUGCAUUCCAUUGUGAUGAGCAUGAAUAUCAAGCAAACUACUCCGGGUGGCCAACAAAUAUAAUCAAUAUUGAAAUUCGCCCAAAUAAAGGAGAUGAGGCUUAUCCAUCCUUCGUGGAAAUUGCAGAGUCAGAUUCGUCUGGCAUGGAAUGUGGCUUGCCAACUCAAUUAUCAUUUUCUGCUCGUGAAGUGUCAGAUGGGACUUUAUUCCAAGCAAUAGCAGAUUAUGAUCCCGAUAGCCAAAGGCUCUUACACAUGCUAGAAAACUCAUAUCAUGGCGACCCAGUCCUAAAUCCUUUAACUCCAUGGGAAAGACCACCUCUCAAGAACAUAUUCUGCAUUUAUGGAAUUGAUUUGAAAACUGAGGUUGGUUAUUACCUUGCUCCAAGUGGGAAGCCUUAUCCUGAUAAUUGGAUCAUAACAGAUGUGAUUUACGAGGCUGAGGGCUCUCUAUAUUCCAGGUCGGGUAAUCUUGUUGAAGGGAACCCUGGUGCAACAAGUGGUGAUGAGACGGUACCAUAUCAUUCACUCUCUUGGUGCAAAAAUUGGUUGGGUCCAAAAGUGAACAUUACAAGAGCUCCUCAGUCAGAGCAUGAUGGGUCAGAUGUACAAAUCCAUCUGAACGUAGACCAUCAACACGGUGUAGAUAUCAUUCCCAACAUGACUAGGUCACCUAGGGUGAAGUACAUAACUUAUUAUGAAGAUUCUGAAAGCCUUCCUGGGAGGAGGACGGCAGUCUGGGAGAUUGAUAAAGCGAAUCACAGAAAUAUUGUUAGAUCCCCGGUUUUGAUGCGGGAGUUGUGGCUCGAGAUGUGGCAUGAUAUUCAUCCUGAUAAGAAGUCAGAGUUUGUCACAAAAGAAAAGCGUGGCCCUCUGAGAGAUGACGAUUGCUAUUGGGAUUACGGGAAGGCUCGAUGUGCAUGGGCAGAGCAUUGUGAAUACCGGUAUAUAUUUGGGGAUGUUCACCUGGGACAAAGCUGUAGAUUGAGGAACACUUCUGCAGACCUGUUGCUGCGUUAUGUAUGAUAAUAAACGGCACCAAGUCACCAACACCCUCUCCAUUAUGCGAUGAUGCCUCCCGAUAGAUAUGACGACAGACUUUUGUAAAUGAAAAAGAGAAAUUUUGCUAGUCACGGUAGUAGUAGUAGUAGUAGAUGGAGGAGGCGGGCGAAGAAGACGACAUUGAUUUUGCAGCAUUCAAAUUGUGAUCCCAACUCUUCUGGCUUGGGUAUGUUGGGAAAACUUGUUUUAGUUAACUCCAUUCUGUGCUUGUAAGAGCACACAAAUAGUUAUCCGGAAAUGUGCACAUUGCAGAUUCGAUAACAAAUCAUAUUUCUUGUU